CAAACGACCACCUUUCCCUUUUCUUUCUUUCCUUUACCCUUCUCCCUCUUUUCCCCAGCAACACAGGAACGCUGAGCAACUGGAAAAUAGCAAUCCAUCAACCAUGAGGUCUCCAUUCCUCGUCCUCAUGCUCAUAGCGAGUCUCGCGACUUCUGCGUUUGCGUGGUCUAAAGAGGAUCACGAAAUCUUCCGCCUCCACGAUGAGGUCCAACUCCACGAGGGGAAAGAUACCACCUUCUAUGACUUCAUCGGCCUCAAGAACGGCCCCUCAGCCUCCCAAUCCGACAUAACAAAAGCCUACAAGAAAAAGUCCGUCCGCAUGCACCCGGACAAGCACAAGCCCAAGCCCCCGCCAGGUGUAACCUACACUCAGGCACAACUCUCCGAGCUGCACAAGCAAGCCUCCGAACGCUUCGCUCGUUUCCGUCUCGUGGUCGCCGUUCUCACCGGCCCGGGACGUGAGCGCUACGACCACUUCCUCAAGAACGGGUUUCCGAGGUGGCGCGGGACGGGGUAUUACUAUUCGCGGUUCAGACCCGGCUUGGGGAGUGUGCUUGUGGGAUUGUUCUUGUUCUCUGGGGCCAUGCAUUACGGUAUUCUCUGGCUGAAUUCGAAGCGCCAGAAGGAGUUCAUGCGCGAGUAUAUUAAGAACGCGAGGACCGCUGCGUGGGGCAAAGGUGGGAUUCCUGGGUUGAACGAUGCCCUUGAAGCCGCCGUUCCCGGCGGAGAAGCUACCGGUGGGGAGCAGAAGCUGAGCAGAGCGGAGAGGCGCGCGGGAAAAGGAAAGGCUGUCAAGGAAUCUUCUAGGUCCGGGUCUGCAACCCCGUCCACUCAACACAUGACCAAGCGCCGGGUCCAAGCCGACAAUGGAAAAGUUCUUAUGGUGGACAGCGCUGGAUCCGUCUAUCUCAUUGAGCAGGACGGAAACGGGAAAGAUGUACACCUGAUGCUCGACCUCGACGAGAUUGAAGGCCCCAAGAUUAGAAACACUCUACUAGUUACAUUGCCCUUAUGGAUAUUUGACAAGACCAUCGGAAGACUCAUUCCCGGACGUAAUGCUACUACCACGGGGGAUGAAGCGCACGACAGCGAGGAGGACGCGGGCGAGGACGAGGAAGUCGUCACCAGCUCCGCCGGCGAAGAGGUCGUUGUCAAGAAAAUGGCCAGGAAGAAGAAAGGUGUUGCGAAAAAGGUGGAGAGAAGCGAUGGCUUGCCCAGAAGGAAAACUGCGGCGAAGAGGCCUUCAAAGAAGUAGUUGUUCUUUUUACUUUGAGAGGGUUUCAUUUUUUCUCUCAUUUUUCUUUUUCGCUAUUUGGAAAUAAAAUGGG